UGUGCAAAACAAAUUAACACUGUACUUAGAUAUCCAUAAAAUUAAAUCGAUCCAUCAAGAGAAGUUACUUUUUAUCCUUACUAAACGCCUUAUAAUUGAUUCAAUAGGCUACAGAAUAUAUUUGCAGGAUUAUAUUUUAGUUCGGAAUGCAGCAAUCACACAGUGCAUCGAACAUAAAAGGUGCAAGCAAGAACCAUAUACACAGGGAUUCCUUGAACGGACUUGGGCGAAACCUAUUCCCACCAAACAGGGCAAGUGAUCUUCCACUGAAAAAUGCCUGCUUUACCUGCGUGUCAGCGGCUGUAGUCCACUUGUUCCAAAAGAAAAAGUUGCAUGAAAACGAACUUACAACGUUGCAAGAAGCUGUUAGGAACCUAAUGACGACUGAAGCGGCUCCUUUGAUCUACGACUACUAUAAGGACAAACUAAUCAAAAAGGGAAUGGUUAUAUUAAGAGAAAAGAUUAAACAUGAAACAGGACAGACGUUGUUAACAAAGUUGGGGGAACAGUGGAAUUAUUUCUACGGAGAAAUCUUGCCGGUGUUGCAAGCACUCUUGUACCCUGUGAAAACGAAAACGUUAACAAUAAGGCAAAUGACCUUAUUAGAGUUUAGAAACAUUGUUCUCCUCAAAUUACCUGUAAAAGAAGCUUUGCAACAACUGUCGCAAUCCGAGCCAACAUCACCUGCUAUACAACAGAUGCUGUUAGUCUUGCACAGUGUUCACGAGUAUCCAUGCACGCAUCAAUCUAUAGAGUUAGAGAAACUGGUUGCUAGAGUGACCUCCCCUCAUUUAGGGAUAAUGGGAUUGUAUUCGGGUGGCAGUGAGCCGGAGAUCAGAAGUAAUUUUAAAGCAUCACCAACACUUCCGAUACGCGUGAAAAAAACCUCUGAAGACACAACUGAAUCAGAGGACGAGAUAAUGCCAGUAGACCAAAGAAUAGGGAGAGCAGGUCUCUCUCCGCAGGCACACCGCUUACAUCAGAAACGAAGUUCUGAACUACUACAUAACCCCCUGCUAGCAGCAGUAAAAGAACAAGACAUGGGCCAGACCAGAAGAUUUAGUAUAGCCACUAUCUGACAGACUGCAAUCUUACCGCUUUUAAAGAACAAGACAUGGGCCAGAUCAGAAGAUUUACUAGUAGUAUAGCCACCACCUGACAGACUACAAUCUUACUGCUGUUAAAGAACAGGGCAUUGGCCAGACCAGGAGAUUUAGUAUAGCAAUCAUCUGACAGCCUGCAAUCUUACCGCUGUUAAAGAACAAAACAAGGGCCAGAUAGAAGAAUUAGUAUAGCAACCGCCUGACAGACUGCAAUCUUUCCUUUGUUAAAGAAUAAAACAAGGGCCAGAUCAGAAGAUUUGGUAUAGCAACCACCUGACAGACUGCUAUCUUACCGCUGUUAAAUAACAAGACAGUGGUCAGAUCAGGAGAUUUAGUAUAGCCAUCACCUGACAGACUGCAAUCUUACCGCCGUUAAAGAACAAGACAUGGACUAUAUUAGAAGAUGUAGUAUAGCAACCACCUAAGAGACUGCAAACUUAUCGCUGUUAAAGAACAAGACAGUACCAAAGUAGAAGACAUAGUAUAUGCGCCACCUGACAGGCAACCUUCUUUCCUCUGUUAAAGAAUAAGAGUGAACUUGGUCAGGAGAUUUGAUAGAAUUACCACUUGACUGGCAACCAUCAUGUUGCUGUGUUCCAUGCCAAGACAAAGUUGCAAGACGCUGCCAAACCACUCUACUCCCUGAUGCAAUCUGUCUUUCUGUCUAUUAAUUCUGAUACCAGUGUGUUGUUCAGUUUGUUCCUUUUGAGGGGUUAUGAUUUAAUACAAAACUGGUCAGUUCGGGGAGGCAACAUUCGGCUUGGUAAAGAGGUACAUGUUCAAUGUACAUAUUUCUUUUUCAAAAGCGAAAGUGUAAUCUACAGAAAGUAUUUUCUGUGCAAUGCACAUCUGCUUGUGUCAUAAACGGUGAAGAUGCUGUAAUUGAUAUUCAGUUACGACAUGCUAACUAAAUCCACAAAGUAAAAGUACAACUCAAGUGUGUUUUAGUUUCUUAAAGGUAGUCAAGACAAUCUCAUUGUCGAGAUGUCAUGGAUUUAUUUGAGAUGUUUUGGUGAGAAACAGCUGAACAAAAAGACGUGAUUGAAUAAUGCAAAUUUUACUUCAGUAGUUUCUUGAAUGAUAACAGACACACACAACAGUACACGUUGUAUUGUCAGUAAAAUUCUUUAUGUUUAGUUCAGUAGUAUUAUUUGUUAUCAUAUUAAUUUGUAAUGUCCUUUAAUCUUGUUCAGCGACUUAAAAUACAUCAUAAACUAAAAGCUCAUUGGGUCUCAUUAAUUAACUCUGGGUACGACGUACUAUAAUUCUCCAUUUUGUUAAAUGUUACCAUUGAUAUGACUCGUGCUGUAUCUUUGGCCGUCCAGAUGAAAAUUUCGCUUUUGUUCAAGAACCACAUAUAAAUCAUAAAUCACCCUAAAAGUCUCCAGGGACGCUGUCUGCAUUUCAAUAAUAUCUUUUAUCAGAGUGGCCAACCCACUUGACUUCUGGAUACCGUACACAUGGAGGAAACGUCUCGAUUCAGGUAAAGUUUUGCCUAUGUUUUCCUUAUUUCUUGAUGGAUUUUCACUUUUAAGACACAAGUCAAAGACAGCAAAAUGAGUGCUUUCCUCCUCACUAAGCAUCUGCUAUAAAUUCUCGGUACUUUUCUCAAACACUUCGUCUAGUUUCUUUUGUAUAUAACGUCGAAGUGUUUGAGAAAGGUAUUGAGAACUGAUUGCAAACGUUUCGUGCGGAGGAAAUCACUCAAUUUGCUGUCUUCGGCGCUCAUAUGAAAAUUCGUCAAGUAAUAAGUGUACAAUAUCCAUAAGUCACGUGAGUUGGCCACCGUGUUUUCUCUGGUAUAAAGAAUAAUCGUAACUACUAACCGUAUACGUCCAUGCAUUGUAACCUAAAUCGACAUAGGAAUAUCGUUUAUUUACAUGUUAUCGUAUUCUACGUAAACUGAUAUUUUAUGAGUAAAUCAUCUGAAAUGAAAACAAUUACUGAACAUGUAUAUGUAUAUGUGAACAAACGUUAUUGUUUGAAAUCGUUUAAAAAUGGAUAAAAUUAAAGGAUAAACAAUAUAUAUGGGCCAUUCCAUGAGAAAACCUGUAUUAGUGACAUGAUAUAAUUAUUGUAUAAUAAGUAAAUUAGAAUAGAGGAAAAUCAUAGUUUUUCCUGUCUUCAUGUAGAAACUAUAAACUAGUAUAUUGUAAUUCAGUUUUCUAAAACAAAUCAAAUUCUACAACAAUUUAUAAAUAAAUGUUUCCCAAAUUCCAGAACACUUAUGCACCAUUCCAAAACACUUACUCACCAACAGAAUACAGAAAUUUACAGAGAAAAGGUCCGUGAUGAAACCAAAA